AUGAUAAAUUUAGGCAAAUGGUGGGGACCAAUUGAUCGACAACCGCUUGUGGCAUUGCAUGGCUGGCAAGAUAAUGCUGGAACAUUUGAUAAAUUAAUUCCAUUACUACCACCAAAUCUAGCCAUUCUAGCUAUAGAUUUACCAGGUCAUGGCAAAUGGUGGGGUCCCAAAGGGAUUCAACCAAUAGUGGCAUUACAUGGACGACAAGAUAAUGCUGGCAGUUUUGACACUUUGAUUCCUUUAUUAAGUAAUGAGAUUUCAGUGCUUUGUUUGGAUAUGCCUGGUCAUGGUUUAUCUUCCCAUUAUCCAAAGAGUCAGUACUAUUAUGUUUAUUGGGAUGGCAUUAUUCUACUACGUAGAAUUGUCAAAUAUUUCAAAUGGACAAAGGUGAGAUUACUUGGACAUUCCUUAGGAGGAGCAAUAUCAUUUUUAUAUGCUGCAUCUUAUCCUGAUGAAGUAGAAUUCAUGAUAAGUUUAGAUAUUGCAAGUCCCAGUGUAAAAGACAUAACAAAAACUCCUCUUGUAACUUGUGACAAUAUUGACAAAUUUUUAAAAUAUGAAUUGCUACAAUCCGAUGGUAUUCCAUCCUAUAGUUAUGAUGAAGUGCUUGAAAUUGUUGAAGAUGCUUAUAAAGGUUCCAUAACUAAAGAAGGCGCAGUGAUAUUAAUGAAACGUGGCUUACGACCUGCCAGUGAACCUGAGCGAUAUUAUUUUUCACGUGAUCCACGAUUGAAGGUUUCUAUUUUGGGUAUGAUAUCUUUGGAUCUAGUGCUUGCAUAUGCAGCUCGGAUAAAAUGCGCUUAUCUUAAUAUUCGUGCCGUACCCGGAAUGAAAUUUGAUUAUCCAGAAUAUUAUGAGAAGAUUUUAGAUCAAAUAAAAUUAGGUGCUAAAAAAUUUGAAUAUCAUAAAGUAGAAGGGACUCAUCAUUUAUUAAGAAUUGCGUUAUCAAUGCAAAUUACAAAGAAAAUGAUACAGAGAGAUAAAGAUAUUAUUGAUACAGAUGUAUUUAGGCUACCUAUAAUGGUCAAACUAAGUUUCAAUGUCAACUUAUUUACUCAGCUGGUAAGUAACACGACGUAGAAAUAUAAAAUUAUAUAUUGAUACUUUAUUCAGUGUAGUAAUACAUGUUAG